CUCGCCAUUUCAUAACCCCUAAUUAUUUCCCCUGUCUUUCAAUAUUCAUGAGUUUUUGCACGUGAACACGGGCUGGUUGCUUCAUCCACUCUCAGCAAGGAGGCAGGGAGCAGCAGAGCCUCACGCGUCAACAUGCAGCAGGUUCAGUAUCUGAUGCGGCUGCGAUUUUUUUUUUUAACAUCCACAAAUGGGAAGCUUUAAUUAACAAUAGCGCCCGUUUUUUGUUUGUCACGGUAAAGCAGGUUCCCAUUGUGAGUUCAGACCGUCGAUUGAGAAAACAACUGAGGAAACGGCUCAGUUCUCUGCAGACUGACAGGAAGGAAGGAGCAACAACAAAGCUGCGACAACAAAACACUUUUUUGACCACUUUUAUCUUCAAUUCCUCUUCCAAAGCGUCAACACCUUUCGUUCUUGCGGCUCUAUUUAAAUAUAAACUACAUGCUGGAAAAAAGGGGGAACUAGAACUUAGCGACAGCACGCACUCCCUUCGCCACUCUAGCCCUCAAUAUCCUCUUUUGGACCCAACCAGCCCCCAUUUUUCAGUUAUCUCUUUGGUUUAAGUGUGACACACACACACACACACACACACACACAGCAGGGAUGAGUGUCUGGGCAGAUGGUGCUCAGUGUGUGGACUAGAAGCUGAGACGGACGGAGAGGGACAGACUCCUCGUCCGACAUGGGAUGCUGCAGUGUGACCCAGAGGCAUACUGGAGUGGACGAGGUGGGCCCGGAUGAGAUCGAGCUCCUGGAACUCUCUGGAGACAAUUUAGGGGUGUGGAGUCUGGGAGAGGCCAGGCUUCAGCUGUCAGUGAGGAAUAGCAGAGAUGAGCAGCACCCGCCUCCACCGCGCCACCCUUCAAUACGACACCUGGAACAAGAGGUGGUGCUGUGGGGCAGGAGCAGAGACGAGCUACGCCACAGGAUUUACUCCCACCAGCCAAUCAGGGGGUGGGAGGGCCAACCUGCCCACAUGUAUGGAGAGAUCAUCCACUCCUCCCUGGUGUCACUCUACAACAGCUACACACAGGAAACCAGUGAACACUUCCUGGUGUUAUUCUCUUUCCACCUCUUGAUCCUUUCCCUGGACCACGCUCGACAAGACUUCAUUUAUGAGGGCAUCCUCCCCCUUUCUGGACUUUCCUUGGAAGCUGUCUCCAUGGACCCUAAAGCGUCACAUUCACCGCACGUGUUUGAGAUCAGCGGUCCAAUGGUGGACUCCAAGGUCUUCAUAUGCGCCAGCGCUGCAGAGCUACAGAAAUGGAUGCAACACAUAGAAGACAGGAGAUACAAGUCAAUGGCACAACCCAUGAGUCCCUCCCACUGCGCCCUCUCCUAUCUUUUACCCUGUGAUGAGCACUGUAAAAGAGAAGAACUGAAAAAGUACUUACUGCAAGCUCCCAUUUGGCAGUGGGAGGGCUCGCCGAUACAGCACAUGGGUCAGCCGGGGUACAUAUCUAUUGUCCAUAUCAUCAACGCACAGAGACAGGGACUCCAAGAAAGACUGAUGGUUCUCUUCCCUCAAGACGUCCUGCUGCUGUCAGUUGACAACAAGCGUCUGAAUAUAAGAUAUGAGGGAAGGUUGCCCCGACACAGCAUCAAAGCAGUUGAGAGGCCUGCCCUGCCUGGACGGCUGGAGUUUGAGCUGACAGGUGAGCUGGUGGAGCCCCUGCAGAUCUCUUGUGCCUGUCUGGAGGAUUAUCGGAACUGGAUGUUUCAAUUACAACAGCCAGACAGAAACAGUCACGUUCCUGUGAGUCACAGCGCACCUCCAAUCAUGCCAAAGCUGCAGAGGAGCAGGAGGGAGUCCCAGGAAGCGACGAUACCAGCCGACCAAUGCCACAUCAACGGUCGCAGCUGAAGCAUGGGAAUGUGGAAAAAACUUGACUUUUAUUAUAAAUCUGGAAUAACAUGUAGAUAGUAUGUACAUAAUGACUGUUAUGUAUAAUUGUGCCACAAAAUGAAGAUACAGCAGCGGGGAGGCUCUGAAAUGUUCUCACUCAAUAUUGAUGUGGUUCGGUGAUUUAGUUACACUUUUAGUCUCUUUCAUGUGGGGACGAACAGAAACAAGUUCAUGAGCCAGUUUAAGGCCAGACCACAGCUAAAAGAAAUGUUAGUCUGUAGAGCUAUAAAGGUUAUUUACUGAUGGAAAUAGUACUGAAGCAGCUGUACAUAUUCAGCUUUGAUGUCUUUUACUAUAAAAUACAUAUUGUUUGACUAUAGAGCUAUAAAGCUUAUUUAUUGAUGGAAAUAGUACUGAAGCAGCUGUACAUAUUUAGCUUUUUAAAAACUCUUCGGAGUUGUUAACUCAACACAACAACAAAACAGGUAAGUAUCUGUAUUUAUUUAAAAGGUUAAACAUUUACAGUAGUGUGCAGAGAUCCGGUAAACAUCCAGUGUAUUACAGUAUUUAUAUGUUGGUAUUAGAAAGGAAUCAAACAGAAAACGUUAUAGUUAUGGAAUGUAAUAACAUCUGUUGAACUUUGUUCUCAUAAAUUACAGUCAUAAUAGUAAAUUAAUCAUUUUCUACUCUUUAUACAUGAAGCCAUCUGCACUUAAGUACAUUUACAUCAGAAUCUCCUUAGAGAACAACCAGCUAGAGGAGUAUAAAUACACAUGCUGCAACAGCAACCAAUUAAAUUACAACUCACAACGCAGACAUAGAAAAUAAAAGGGGGUUAUAGACAUUGUAUGUGCCACUGGAAGAGUUUACCAUUGAAUCUGGAUUAUAGUGGUUCAUUAAUAACAGGUCUCAGCUCAGUUAUACUGCGCUUUGGGCCAUUUGGGGAUGAGGGGAACAAUGUGGACGAGGGAGGCCUAAAUGUAAUUCAGUCCUUAGUAUAUGGCAGUAUUACUUGAUCCUGGUGGAUUAUAACAAUUUUCUAGUUUUUGUUCAACUGGGGUUAAAGUUUUUAAAAGCAAACCGCUACCCUUUUACCACAAUGAGGGUCAAUGUAAAUGUGUCCGGAGUUUGUUUUUAAAAGACAAUUAUUUUGUAUUUUUCUUUCUGUCAACAAAUGCAGUGAAAAGAACAAAACUAACAAUCACUAUGGUGUCUGUGGCACUGACCACCAAGCCCUACUGGUUCCCACUGGAGAUUAAAAACGAGUCAAACAUUAAAAAAGGCAAAAAUCAUUCCCUAAAAAUCAGGGGCACUGUAGUUUUUUAGCAAACGUUAAACAAGAGUAAAUAGUGCAUUUGUUGGGGACUAUUUCCAGCUGUGCAUUAAUAGGUAUUUGCAUCAGUGGGAUGGUUUAUGUACUCUGGGAUCAGCUACAGUGUUUGUGGUAACAAAGAAAAGUCAGUUUAACAGUGUGGCUCAUUGAUGUGUGUUUAAUUGUUUUUUGGACACCAAUGCCAGAGAGAAAUACGAUCUAUCAGUCUUUAGGCAAUACUUGUCAGUGGGAUAAAUUGUUUGUUUUGUUGACAAUAACAAAAAUAUAAUAAUAUAGUCACCUUAAUCCAUACAGUAUUUGUGUAGUUUGGCCUUGUUAAUGGGAUAAUCUGUCCUUCAUAUGUACAGCAGAAUCGUGAAAUCACCUUUGAAAGAAAUGAAACCACCAUUCUUCAGUAUCCUUGUCUGGACCUUGUCUGGAUGUUUUAACAACUCACAUGGAUAGAAAUGAACACCUGCACACUGUAGUGCAUCAGAUAUUGGAUGGAUUAAAACACAAAAUCAGGUUUUCUUUUCUUCUCAUCUGAAAAUGAAAGCCGCACUCAAACAACGUGUGAACAAAGACAGAAGAUGACAGGCCCCCGGUGUGUCCUAAUGCAGGAUCAAUAGAAGCAUCUGCCUCAGGCGACCUUCUGCUGUUGCAUCAUUACGUGAAUGACUCUCGUGCACCUCACAGAGCUCCGCUGAUGGCACGAGACAGUCCAAAUACGGAAUCUGGCCACAGGAGACACGACAGACGAAGAAUGUGACAGACACGAGCCGAGAAAUGUACUGUGUGCAGGUGUUUCUCAGACUUAAGAAUGGAAAAGAGACGCAUUCAC